UCCUGGUGCCGUCACACACCGCAGAUCUGUACUGGCACAAGAGGACCUCCCCAGCCGUGUGACACUUUAGCAGGAACAGUUCUGAGGGCCGCAAGGAUGCGCGGGCGCAGACGUAGUGUCCGCCGCGCCGCUUGCGUGCGCGGUCCCUUCAGGAGCUCCUGCGGGCAAAGCGGAAGUGCCUCUGCCUCCCGCUCCCUUCCGGCGCGGUGCUGUCAGGUCAGCUGAGCGACCCCGGGGUGACUGAUCCUCGGUGGCCGGGAGACGGGCGAGCCCAGCAGCCUCGGUGAGGGCCGCCGGAGGCCUCGGGCGCAGACAUGGGCUCUGUGACCUUUGAAGAUGUGGCUGUAAAUUUCACUGUGGAGGAAUGGGCUUUACUAGAUCCUUCCCAAAAGAAGCUGCACAAAGAUGUAAUGGAGGAAACCUUCAGGAACCUGGCUGCUAUAGAAAAAACACAAGAAGACCAGAACAUAGAUGAUGACCAUAGAUAUUCUAGAAGAAAUCAAAGAAAUGAAGUUGUGGAAAGACUGUUGGAACAUAACAAAAGUAGUGAACGUAAAGAAAUCUUCAGAGAGAUUCCAAACACCAUUGUAAACAAGAAAAUUUCUCAUAGAACAAUGCUUUGUGAAAACCAUGUGUACAAGGACAACAUGCUCAUUAGUCAUUCAUCUCUUAAUGUAUCUGUGCCUCUUCAGACUACACACAAACCUCAUGAAUAUGAGCUACAUGGGGAGAACCUCUAUAAGUUUGGAGAAUGUGAGAAAAGCUUCAUUUAUCCAGAAUGCUUUCUGAAGCAUGAAGACAAUGGCACUAGACAGAGAUCCUAUGAGUUUAACCAGUGUGAGAAAAUCUUCAAAAGUAGUGAUUACAUUCAAAUACGUGUGAGUGACGAAACUAGAGAAGAACUAUGUAUAGAUAAGCAGCAUUAUAAUGCCUUUACUUAUCCUGAUUUUCUUCAGUAUGUUGAAAAGAUCCACACUGGAAAGAAACCCUAUGCAUGUAAACAAUGUGGGAAAACCUUUUCUUUUUUGAGUAACAUUCGAAGACAUGAACGAACUCACUCUGGAGAGAAACCAUACAGAUGUAAUAUCUGUGGUAAAGCCUUCACUUGUUCUACUAACUUUCAAGAACAUGAAAGAACUCACACUGGAGAGAAACCCUAUUUAUGUACACAAUGUGGGAAAUCCUUUUCUUUUCUGAGUAACAUUCGAAGACAUGAACGUACUCAUACUGGAGAGAAACCGUACAGAUGUAAUAUCUGUGGUAAGGCUUUCAGUUAUUUGACAAACUUUCAAGACCAUGAAAGAACUCAUACUGGAGAAAAACCUUAUGUGUGUACACAGUGUGGGAAAGCUUUUACUUACUACUAUUCCUUUCAGACACAUAAACGAUGUCACACUGGUGAAAAGCCCUAUGUAUGUAAGCAAUGUGGAAAAGCCUUCAGUUAUUACAAUUCCAUUCAAACACAUAAACGUUGUCACACCGGCGAAAAGCCCUAUGUAUGUAAGCUGUGUGAUAAAGCCUUUACUACUCUCAGUUCUCUUCGCUAUCAUGAGAGGAUUCACAGUGGUGAGAAGCCCCAUGUAUGUUUGCAAUGCGGGAAAGGUUUCAAUUCUUCCAGUACUCUUCGAAUACAUGAAAGGACUCACACUGGAGAGAAACCCUAUAAAUGUAAGAAGUGUGGAAAAGUCUUUAGUGUCGACAGUUCCCUCCGAUGCCAUGAAAGGAUUCACAGUGGGGAGAAGCCCUAUGUAUGUAAGCAGUGUGGGAAAGCCUUUACUCGUCAUACCUCCCUUCGAUGUCAUGAAAGGAUUCACUGUGGGGAGAAACCCUAUGUAUGUAAGCAAUGUGGGAAAGGUUUUAUUUCUUCCAGUAACUUUCGAAAGCAUGAAUGGACUCAUUCUGGAGAGAAACUCUGUGUGUGUAAACUAUGUGGUAAAGCCUUCACUGGACAUAGUUCACUUCGACGUCAUGAAAGAAUUCACAGUGGAGAAAAACCCUAUGUAUGUAAGCAUUGUGGGAAAGGUUUCUCUUCUUUGAGUGGCUGUCAAAGACAUGAACAAAUUCACACUGGUGAGAAACCCUAUGUAUGUAAGAAUUGUGGGAAAGCCUUUACUAAUCCCAGUGCCCUUCGAAAUCAUGAAAGGAUUCACAGUGGUGAAAAGCCCUAUGUAUGUGAGCAGUGUGGGAAGGGUUUCAUUUCUUUUAGUAAGUUUAGAAUACAUGAACGGAUUCAUACUGGAGAAAAACCAUAUAAGUGUAAGCAAUGUGGGAAAGCCUUCACUGGUCACAGUUCCCUUCGACGUCAUGAAAGGAUUCACAGUGGAGAGAAACCUUUUGUAUGUAAACAAUGUGGGAAACCCUUUUAUACUUUAAGUGAUUGUCAAAGACAUGAACAAAUCCACACUGGUGAGAAACCUUUCAUUUGCGAGCAGUGUGGGAAAGCUUUUACUCGGUCCAGUUCCCUUAAAAUACAUGAGAAGACUCACAGUAGAAGAAAUCCCUAAGUGUAGAACAUGGAAAGGUAUUCUUAGCAUGACACUGCAUAGGGCAGAGAACCAGGGCCAUGUUGUCUGUAGGAAUCCCUCUAGUCAUCUUGAUGGCAUUCACCAACAUAAUAGUUCAUACCAUAGUGAGAAGCUCCCACAUGAUGUCAAUAGAGACACACACCUUAAAUGGAUGUAUAUACAAGUCUUCAGUUGGCUAACCUGAGAAAGUACCCAGUAUCAAGUUGUAUAACAAAGUUAUCAAAACAGUUUACAAAGCUCUAUGAAAAUCCCUUAAGUAACAGAAUUCAUUAAUUCUUUUUAAGAUCCCUGUGAAUAAACACUAACUGGUCAGUAAUUCAGAAGAUAAAUCUCUAAAAUGUUUACUUCUAACUUUGACUCUUGUAAAUAAAUUUUCAGGUGACUUAUUCUCUUAAGUGUCUUUAAGCAGUAAGGCAUGAAUUUAAUGGGUUGUGUCUUUACAAGUCAUGUACAUUUCUUCUUUUUGUGUUGGAUUCAAAUGAGAUGUGUUCCUAAUAUGUUUUUAGAGUAACGUUAAUGAGCUGUUGUAAAAUGAAGUUUUAUUUUUAGGCUUUCUCUAUUGACAUCAUAUGGUCAUUUGGGAGCUUCUUUGAUAUUUUUGUUUUCUUCUUGUUGUUGUUUUGAGACAGGAUUUCUCUGUAUAGCCCUGGCUGUCCUGGAACUCACUGUGUAGACCAGGCUGGCCUCCAACUCAGAAAUCUGCCUGCCUCUGCCUCCCAAGUGCUGGGAUCAAAGGCGUGCGCCACCACUGCCCAGUGAUAUUUUUGGUUUUGUCUUGUUUUUGUUUUGUUGGAUUUUCUUUUGAGACAAGGUUUCUUUGUAUAGCCCUGACUACUCUGGAACUGGUUCCUUAGACCACACUGGCAUCAAACUUGAAGAUCUAUCUGUCUCUGCUUCCCAAGUGCUGGGAAUAAAGGCGUGUGCCCCCAUGCUGGACUUUAUCUUUGAUUUUUAUACUGUAUCUUUUCUAUUCUUCUCAUUCUUAAUGCCAAAUACUUGAAACAACUUAAGGGAGGAAGAAUUUCUUCCCUUUGGCUCACAGUUCAUUAUGACAAGAAAAUCAUCAAGUACACUAGUUUAUAUCAUUUUAUGGAUACUAGAAACUAGUAUGUAUUAUAAGAAGGAACCAGUAGACCAUUUCACAAGGACAGUGUUUCCAAAUGACCUACUUCCUCCAAUUAUGUCAUACCUCCAGCAUUUCACUUCUCCCAACUGUACCUCAUAAACAUGCAGAGGGAGUCCUUUGGCUAGUCUAGAGCCCUGUUGAGCUAAUCAUUUCUGGAAAUGACAAGGCAUAGUUGUGCUGCUUUAACCCUAGCAUCUCACACUGAAGUCCAGUUGAUUUCACAGAUCAGAUGGCAUUUUAUAUUUGAUGUUUUAUACUUUGAUAUAUGUUUUCUUGAAGACUUUGUACAUUAGAGUUCUGAAAGUUCUGAACUAUUUUGGCCAAUUUACAGAUUAUUGAAUGAAAAGAUACCUGCAAAUAUCCUACCAUAACCAUAAGUUAAAUAGCAUAUAUGACUGCUAAAAUUUACCUUUAAUGUCAAGUCAUUAUCGUGUGCUUACAAAUCGUGCUUACACCUCUAUCCAUGUGUUAAUUUCAGCUCAGGCUUGUGUUGUAGCCUUUGUUUGUUACGUGUGCUUUACUCCUACACAUAAUUUAAGUGCCUUUUUACCAGAGACUGCAGGGACCUUACUUGUUGUGGACUAAUAUCUAAUGAAUUAUGCUUCCAAAUCUGUAUGUAGCCAUAAGUGACCAUGUGUUUUGUCAUUAAAAUCACUUUUUCCCUUU